AUGGAGAGCACUUGCUUCGGCACUCCUGGCCCUCGCACAAGCAGCAGAAUAACAUUCGCGCUGUGUGUAUUUGGCUGGGCGCUCUUAUUCGGCGGAUCUCUACUUUCUGUCUAUGGGUUCGCGACAUGCCAGUCCGACAGCUGUAUCGCCUACAAGGUGACGGGCCCGGUACUUGCCGGGUUAGGGCUGGCAUGUUUAAUAAUGGCGGAGUUUACUGCCCAACGAGAGAGAAGGAGGGAAUUAGAAGGAGACCCGACGGAUCCAGAUAGCAGCUUCCUCUGCGGGAAAAGCCGGCAGCUUGCGCAGUUCCUGAUACUCGGGAUGCUGUUACUGGUUUGCGGGGUAAUAGUUAGUAUCCCAGGACUUGUGGUUCCAGCCUGCAAACCGGCAUCCAACACAGACAAACCCCCUAAACUCUGUGCAGCUCGCUUAGUGCAGGUAAUCGCAGUCGCACUCGGCUUGUGUUACUGGCUGGCUGUCUGUUUUAUCAGAAGCCGUGGUUGUUCAGCGAGCAGGGAGUCUCCUUCCUACGACAGCAUCGAUUUGGAAAGGGGCGACAAUGAUUCCGGCGGGGAAAAUGAACACGACGUUCCAUGGCUGCGCGGGACGACCGUACAAAACAUCAACGAGUGUUACCCUUCGGAGCCGCCUCCAACAUGCGAGGACAUAAACCCUACUGAGCCGGAUCCUGAAGAGAGUUCAUCAUCAUCAUCAUCAUCAUCGUAUCACUCGGUUUCCCAAUCAUCGGAGUCGAGUGACUAUGAGCUCGCACCAGGACCCUAA